UUUUCAACGCAUGCGUAUCAAAGUUAAGUUUGCCAUCGAUGAUCGAGGGUUGUGCAUAGCAGUGUGAGAAAGUAAACGGUGAAUCGCUUGGCAGUAUUACAUUGUAAUUUAUUUCCAUUUCACGACGUGCUAUCAAAUAUGCCGAAUAUAAAGCUGCAAAGUUCAGAUGGAGAAGUCUUUGAGGUGGAUGUUGAUAUCGCAAAAUGUUCAGUCACGAUAAAAACUAUGCUGGAAGAUCUGGGAAUGGAUGAAGACGAAGAAGAAGUUGUUCCAUUACCCAAUGUGAAUUCUGCUAUCCUUAGAAAGGUCAUUCAGUGGGCCACCUAUCACAAAGAUGACCCUCCACCACCAGAAGAUGAUGAAAAUAAAGAAAAACGUACCGAUGAUAUCAGUUCUUGGGAUGCCGAUUUCUUGAAGGUCGAUCAAGGAACCUUGUUUGAAUUGAUCCUUGCCGCCAAUUAUUUGGACAUAAAGGGACUUUUAGAAGUAACAUGCAAGACUGUAGCCAACAUGAUCAAAGGUAAAACACCUGAAGAGAUACGCAAAACUUUCAACAUCAAGAACGAUUUUACAGCUUCGGAAGAAGAGCAGGUUCGCAGGGAGAACGAGUGGUGCGAGGAAAAGUAGGACCAUCACAAGCCACUUUUUCUUUUCUAAAUCUGGCUCUGUAACCCUAGGUUUAUUUUAAUUUCGGUUGUAAAAAUUAGUCGCAAACGUUUUUCUAUACUGAUCAAGAAAACACCUAAAUGUUGAGAAAAAAAUUUGAAAUUAGUCUAGAAGAAUCUGAUCCUUCAUCAGGUUAUACCAAAAAUACUGAUGACUAGUUUGCAUUUUGAUAUCUUUAUUUAUCAACCUCCCCACUUUCCUCUAAUACCUAUCUUUCCAGGUGCAAAGUAAUUUAGAUGCCAAUGUUUGAAAAACACGAUACUUAUUAAAACAAUAUCUACACAGUAUUACUCGCACUUUAUUAAAGUAACAAAGGACAUAAUUCAAUCAGUGUUUUCGGCUCUACUUUACCCUUCAAAACAUUAACGUAACACAGUCUACAACUUUAGUUCAAAUGAUAUCGAAGCAGUUAAGCGCUAUAAAUGCGCUAACAAAUAUUCAAAAUCACCCAAUAUAAUCGCAUAAUAAUGUUUUUGAUAAGAGUAAAUCAAUAAAACUUUAAAACUA